UACAAUUUCUAGUAACAGUCUUUGUGCUACAGAAUAGCAGUACAUGACUUAAAUAAUAUUAUGGCGGGCUUAAAGAUCUGUAUCAUAGCAGUUCUGACGUUGCAGGUUGCUAAGGAUGGUGUAUUUUCGUGUACAUUGCGAAGUCAUAAACAUGGUUCAUCUCAUGCAUGUUUGCCAUCGACAUCUGAUUCUACUCCUAUACUAAAUCUCACACCGGAUUCGAAGCCGCAUUCAAUAUCUCCUCCUUGUGGUUCUUCGGGUAGCCCGAGCUCUUGUUCACCGAGUGUUCGUGAAAAUGGUACAGCUAUUUCUUCUACGCCAACCCUUUCUCCAGAUAUGUCUUCACCAGGAUCAAAAUCAUUAUUACCACCUACGCCAUCAGCACCUUCUAAUAAUACGGACAUUUUAAAUUCUAUAAUUCAACUUUUGUCGUCUCCAGCAUAUUCUACUUUACAGGCAGGUAAAGCACCAACUUCUGAUAAAUCAAUCUUACCCUCUUCAUCUACAUCGAAUGCAGCACAAUUGCCCGCUUUUGUUUCAAAGCCACAAACAACAUCUUCACCAUGUGCAUCAGACUCCUCCUCAAGUUCUUCAAGCAUUUUACCAAAUCCGUCAUGUGGUCCAGCCCAGUCCAUUUUUAGCACCGUUCCGACUCCACAGUUGUCAAAUUCAGCAUCAACACCGCCUUCUGUUACUAAUACUGACAUCAUAAAUUUUUUGCUCAAUAUGUCGUCUUUAGUAUCGUCGCCUUCACCUCCAUCUACUUCUAAACCGAUGCCUUUCUCACCACCUUGUCAUCUAUUAACGCCAACGUUAAAUAAAAUCGUGGUUCCAGGUACAAAACCAUGUGUUAUAUCACACCAUGUUACGCCUUCAUUGAGUAUAUUACCACGUAUACCACAUGGUUCAUUCUCGCCACCUAACCAUCAAUUUCAUGAAGUACUUCCAGUACCAGCUCCUGAGAAAUCCCCCACACUAACUCCAGCGUCAUUUCCAGAGCAUGGACCAGAAACCGCACCAGAAGAAUUUCCAGCUGCAAGUAAUGUGCCAGUUUCAAUACCAGUAGUAACUGAAGUUGAAACUCCAUCUUUAAUUUUUGGUUAUAAUCCAGUCCUUAUAAAUCUUUUACUGAAAUUAUUACAGUCCAAUCAAGCACAAACGGUUUCAUCUUCUCCUUUAAUACCAACUAAAACUUAUGAUAUACACGCGCCAAACGUAACUCCUGUAUCUGUUCCAAAUAUAAAGCCACAUACUAUUUCACCUGCUUGUUCAUCGUCUGAUUCGACAAUUCCUUGUUUAUCAAAUGCCUUACAUAAUCAAUCAAAUAGUUCGAUUACUCCUCUUCAACAAAUAAUGACGUCUUUGACACCUCUACCUGUUUCAGGCAUAUCUUCUGGUUUUAAUCCAGAAUUUAUGAAAUUAGUUAUUAAAAAUUUGUUAUCUAAUCAAAAUUCUUCUUUAACUCCAUUGUCGUCAUUAAUUCCACUUAUCCAGGCUAAAUUAAAUACCACUUCUACCCCUAGUCCAAUACCAACGUCUACUUUUAAUAGACCACUAUCCGAGUCAAAUUCUAAUGUAUUCAAUACAUCGUCAAAUAAUACAUUUGAUUCAGCUCCUGGUCCCGCCGACACAAAUCAAAAUUUAUCAAUUAAUAAUAAUCAGGAUCUCACAAAUAUUUUAAUCAAGCUUAUGACCUCUUCCAAUGCUUCAAAAACGUCCCUCGUUCCAUGUUCAUCAUUACCAAUCUCAUAUUUUGGUUCUACAUUAAAUACUACUUCAUCAUCACCUGUUCUUUGUAUACCAUCAAUGUCAGAUAUUUUAAGUCAAUUUCCUAGUUAUAAACCCGAUUCAAAACCAUCUUUAUCUAGUCUAAUCUCAAAUCCCAUUAUUACACCGUUAUCAAAUAUAAAGUCAUUUCCUGAACGAGUACCAAAUUUAAUUCCAACACCUACCUCGUAUCCUAUACCGCCGUCAUCGGAUAUUAACUUAUGCCGUUCGAAACACAAAGAACUACUAAAAUUGUCUAGUAUGACAUCAACUGGUGUCAACCCAUGCCUUCAAAAUGUUAAACGACCGCACACACCACAUUUACCAUUACCAUGCUCACUACCGAAUACUAAAUUAAGUUCUGGUUGUAAGCAUUUAUCACCCGCCAUCUAAUUAAAUUAAAUUAUAUUUGAUAUAAAAUGUAAUAUUGGGCAACAUUGACUGUUAUAAAAAUUAUAAAAAGUUAUAUAUAAAUUAGGAACAAUUAAUUUUGUAAUAUUAUAUGGUUGUUAAUUUGUUAUAAAUUAAAAUAACGAUUUAGUAUAUUAUCGUUUAGGUAUAUUAUGUAAUAUAAUCAUAAAUAAUAUGCUAAAUUUAUUCUUUAUUUAAUUAUGUUAUUUAUUAUAUUUGAAAUAAAAUGUACCACCAGGAGUAUAAAAUAAUAUAAUUUAUCAUUAUUAAAUACUUUAAUUUUAUCUAAAUUUUGGUAAGUUUAUUUUGAAUCAAAUUUAGUUACAACGUUACAAGAAAUAAUUGUUUUGAACAUUUUAAAGUAAAUACUUAAAAAAUUAAUUAAUAUGAAUUGUUUAUUAUUAAAACUAUAUGUAGAACUACUAAAACUGCAACUACUAGAACUGCAGGAUCAAAUAAACGAGUUGAUAAACACUAAUUAGUAAUUAUGUAUUAGGUAAUUUAUUAUACUAUCAACAUAUUAAUAUAUUAUUGUAACCAUCGUUUAAUAUCCUAGUACCUAACCGCUAACCUGCAGUAUUAUAGGUACGCAGUACUACUAAUAAUUACUAUAGACAUUAUAGUAAUAUGACCGAUAUAUGCUAUACAUUAUAAAAAAAAAAAAGAACCAUCUUAUUAUCAAAAUUGUAUAUUUUGUAAAUGAAAAAAAAUUGUAUAAUCAGCCCCCCCCCUCAAAAAAAAAUUCGCUCUACACAAAAGCAUUUCAUCGACUAUUUUUUUGUAGUUUUCAAAUUUGUUAUUUAAAUUAUAAAAAAGAAAUAAAAUAUAUUUGUAUUUUUAAUUAGUUGAUUUAAGUUUGACUCACCUUAAAUUGUAUUACUUUGUAAGAUGAACAGCUUUCUUUUAUUAAUACUUCACAAAUAAAAAUUAUUGUAAUUAUGAGUUUUUAAAACGAAAAACCAGUUAGCAUUUUGUAAUAUGAUUAUGUAUUAAAAUUUAUAUUUUGUUA